UUUAGACUUUCAGAGGAGGAUUGUCCAGACUAAAAAAGCACAGUGAAAGGAUAACUGGGUUAUAUUAAGAAAGCUUCCUCUUCAAUUCACAGAGACCUUGGGAACAGGAAACGUGACGAAAUGAGUGGAUCAGAAAAGGGGACUUUGAAGCUGCGUUUACUACAACUUAAAUGCCACUUCACUUGGAAACUUCUUUUAGAGGACACAGACCCUGAUGAAUUAGCAGACAGAUUGUAUGAUCAAUUGACAUUCCUCGUCACCAAGAACAAAUACAUGGUGUACAAUCUACUGGCCUAUGUGAUGCAUCUGAAAGGGGACAACACACAAGCUAUUGCCCAUUUAGAGCAAGCAGAAGAAAUGAUUAAAGAGAACAACCCGACUGGGACUGAUCAAAAGUAUUUGGUGACAUACGGAAAUUACGCGUGGGUGUUCUACUACUUAAACCAGUAUGAAGAUUCUCAAAAAUAUAUAGAUAAGGUAGAGAAGAUAUAUAAGGAACUGAAAGAUACCACAGACGUAGCUGAAAUGUAUGGUGAAAAAGCCUGGUCAUUGUUACACUUUGGUGGGCGAUAUUAUGAAGAAGCAAAACAAUGUUUUCUAAAGGCUUUGGAGCUGGAGCCAGAAGACCCUGAGUGGAACAGUGGAUUUGCAGUAGUGGUCUAUAGACUGGAAAGUUUUGAUGGCAGAAAAUGUCCUGCUUCAGAAUGCAAAUCACUGGAGCUACUGGAACGUGCAGUGGAGAAGAAUCCAAAUGAUGCCGUGGUGAAGUCACUUCUUGCCUUGAAGCUUCAAGAUCUAAACAGGACAGAUGAGGGAAAAAUCUAUAUCGAAAAAGCCAUAAAUCAAGCUCCAAGUUCUCCAUAUUUACUCCGUUAUGUAGCAAAGUUUUACAGGAGAGCUAGAAUGGCAGAUGAUGCCUUGUGUGUCCUACAAACUGCAGUAGAUCUCAUCCCAACUUCUGCAUUUCUGCAUCACCAAAUUGGACUCUGUUAUAGGCAAAAGUAUUUCAAUGAUAAAUGGAGGUUUGGAAACAGGAACAGGUAUAUGAGCCAAACGGAGACUGAAAAAUUAAAUGACCUCCUGCAAAAUACUCUGUUUCAUCUUGAGAAGGCGGUGGAAUACAAGAAAACUUUUGUUUAUGCGUAUGUAGAUUUAGCAAAAAUGUAUUUUGCAGCCACUAAAAUUAAAAAAGCCGAGGACACGUUUAAAACCGUUAUGGCAUUUACCACUCUUACUGAUGAGGAGAAGCAGCAGAUCUAUUACAAUUAUGGACGCUUCAAGGAAUACAUGAGUUCUGAAUCUGAAGCCAUCAACUACUAUAAAAAGUGUGUACAGAUUAUUGUAUGCACAAUACAGAGAGAUUUAGGUGAAAAGUCUCUAAAAAGAAUCGCUGAAAAGAAGAUUCAGAACGAUAUUCUUGAUGCUGAGGGUUUCGCUUUGCUUGGCUUUGUCCAUAAGAUGAAUGGGGAAAUGAACGAUGCAAUCGAUUGCUAUGAAAAAGCCUUAGAAUCUGACCCUCACAAUGCGGAAUAUGUGAGUGAACUCUGUGAGCUGAAGCUGGCCAUCUGAAAAAGAAGCGACACAGAAGACAGAUCUUGUGUUUUAAAAUGUACCCUUUUUCCUUUCUACAGUACUGUGAACAAUUAAAUUCUAGACAUCAGGUGGGGAGAGGAGGGGGAUGCAACUGCAGUGUCGUCAUGAAGGGGUGGGGAAUAGAAAAGGGAAUCUGAUUAGUCAGGGCACACAGCAUGUACAGAGAAAUGUAGGUUGCUAGACUCUUCAGGCUGAACUAUAUCUAAAAUAUCUCUUCAAGGGGUGAUUUUCUGGUAGCUACAGUAUAGGUACUCUAUAACAAUCAUUUUGUUAAUAAACUCUGCCUCUAACCAAACCACCAAAUGGUAGGUAAACUAUAAAAAAAGGUAUAUACUUAAUUUGCACACAACUCAUCGUGAUAUGAUGUAUUACCUUCAUUGUUUUCCAAAGGAAUGUACUUUAUGCAAAUAAAUAAAAAUGUAUUGACAUGCUCAAAUUUAGUUUAGGAUUGUAUUAAAUUUGUAAAGUUUUAGAACAUAGCUAAGCUUUAAUACAGUU